AACACAAUGAAUGAAUUGUAUAGUAUAGGAUUAAGAAGGAACCUAAGAAGGAAGCUAUAAUCCUGUCAAGAGGUCAUUGUCAAAUUUGAUUUACGCGCCACUCGAUUCUAAUCGAUAUGUUCAUUUGAACGAUUCCUCUUUCUUCCUGUUCUGGCCGGCAUUUUCUUAGUCCGUCCACAGUUUCUUAUUGAAAAAGUAUUAUCGUUUAUAGAAUCGACUUUAUAGAAUUAUCUGUACAGUUGACUGCGAAGAAAAACAUAAGAAAAAUAUGAACAUAAGAUUUAGAAAAUAUUUACAUUAGUAAUCGCUUUAACCACGUGUAUAUAGCGUAAAGUGACAGCAGAACGAUGAAUUGCGCGUCAGGAAAUAUAGAGCCGCUGACUAAGGAAAAUUUUCAUAAGUGGAGAGCUCAGAUUCAAACGUUAUUAAUGAAAAACAACACAUAGGAAUAUGUUUCUGGUGAAAAGAUCCGAACUACAGAGAAUGCUACAGAAUGGGAUGUAGCAGAUAGAUAGAUAAAGGCAAGAUCAGAAAUGUCUGUAUAUUAGCAAUAAGUCCUGAAGCAUUAAUGCAAGUAAAUGAUUACAACACAUCAAAAGAGGUAUGGGAUAAAUUAAAUGAAAUAUAUUGCUUAACUUAUCCCGCUUACAAGAUAAUGCUAGUAAAACAGUUAAUUAACUAUAAGAUGCAAGAAGAUGGAAAUAUAAAUAGUCAUAUAAGAAACUUUUCUGACUUAAUUGAUAAAUUGAGAGAAAUAAUAUAUACAUCCAAGAUGACAUAGAACAAUUUUGUUAUUAUGUAGUAUUCCAAACAGCUAAGAAGAUUUCAGGAUUGCUAUUGAAACUGAGGAAAAAUUUCCACCCUUUGAAGCACUGAAAAUAAAACUACUCAAAGAAGAAUCCAAAAGAAGACAGAACUAGGAGUAUGAAAACAACACCUAAUAUAGCGGUAGUCGAAUUGGGCAUGCAAUAGAAGUCUCUACAUAUUCAGGAACUGCAACAAAAUGCACAACACAGACCAUCACACCUAGUAUUUCGCAUCAAGUGCUUUAUAAAGAAAUUAUUAAUAUCCUUUAGAAUGCAGAUUAUCGUACCAUGACUCUUAAAAAAGCAAGGCUAAUGAUUGAAACAAAAUAUAACAUACAUCUUAAUGACAGAGAAACGGAGAUAUAUUUUUUAGUCAUGCAAUAUGUAAAGGCAAAUUCAGCUGUACAAGAGAGGGAGAUAGAGCUCAAUGAUGGAGUAGUAAUUGAUGAUACAGAAGAUGAAACAGAAUCAGAAUUAGAUGAUGAAGAGAUAGAGGAAGAAUGAUAAACAGUCAAGAGGAGUCUUGCAAGAAAAGCAACAAAUAUAGAGAUGGAUCUGUACGACUUCGAAAUCCAAACAUCGAGCUCAUGGAUCAGGAUAUACUGUAUCAUCUUGCUCUGGGUAGCGGCUCCCACGAUCUCGUUGAAAUGUUUGGCGACGUUAAGUUCGUGUGCAUGGGAGGAACACCAAAGCGUAUGGAAGAUUUUGCUCACUUCAUAAUGAAGGAAAUAGGUCACAAGCUUCCGGCAGGCACGACACUUCUUGAUAUUAGCCAGUAUUCAUAUCGUUAUUCUAUGUAUAAAGUCGGACCAGUCCUUUCUAUUAGCCAUGGAAUGGGCAUGCCGUCGGUUGGAAUUUUGCUUCACGAAAUGAUCAAGCUGAUGUACCACGCGAAGGUGAAGGAUCCGAUAUUCUUCAGGAUUGGUACUUGUGGUGGGAUCGGCCUUGAAGGCGGUACCGUGGUAAUUUCCGAGGAAGCGGUCGAUGGAAUGCUGAAGUCGUACUUGGAAGUGCCUGUGCUCGGCAAGGUGGUGAGGAGGCCUGCUAAGUUAGACCGACAACUAGCUCGCGAUCUAAAGGCCCUAGCACACCGUGAUGAUCCUUAUGACACCGUAAUCGGUAAAACAAUGUGUACCGACGACUUCUACGAAGGACAGGGGCGUAUGGACGGUGCGUUCUGUGAAUUCACGGAGAACGAUAAGAUGGAUUACUUGAACAAGUUGCACAAAGCUGGCGUAGUGAAUAUAGAGAUGGAGAGUUUAUCGUUUGGAGCACUCACACAUCUAGCGGGCAUUAAGUCUGCUGUCGUCUGCGUAACAUUGCUAGAUCGAUUCAAAGGCGAUCAGGUGCUGGCACCGAAAGAAGUCCUGAAUGAAUGGCAAAUAAGACCGCAACAAUUAGUCGCACGCUAUAUAACGAGAUAUCUUCAACGAAAAGGCCGCCUCUCCUUAGAUGGCCACGGAUCAAUGUGUGUGAAAAGCCCGCGCCGGUUCAAACUGGUGCAACAGGAAUCUGAAAACUACGAUUAAAUUCGAGACGGCCCGAGACUAAAGGAAUUGCCACGAAAAUCUGUUAUGGAGUUUGUUAACAGAUGAAUGUACUGUUAAAAUACAAUGGAAAAGCACGCAUUAGUUGAUUCUACCAACGAUUAGCUUAUUGAUCGGGCGUCGUUUCACUUCUUUAUAUACAUUCAAGUCACAAAUAUUAUUGUUAGUAAGGAAAAAAAGAAAGAAAGAUGUUCCUUCUUAUUUUUUUUUAUGAAUUAAACUAUUAUUUAAUUCUUUUUUGUGUGUAGAUUUUACGUACAAAGUAUUUCUUGGAAAGAGUUUACAUAGAAAAGUAAAAUCUCGAUUACCAUAUACGUUGUGAACAUACUUUUGUAAAUCUUGUGUAUUUAAUUAUCAAUGUCGAGUUAUUAAUGAAAUUUGACGUAUAAAACGAACUGUUAUUUCACAUAUUACGCUGUUACUUCAGCGUCGUAAAAAGUUUCUUAAUGUGUUUUUUUGGUAUUACGUCAUUUUCUAAGUUUCUAACACUGCGUACCUAUGUGUCGUUGUAGUAUUUAAUGUAAAAUUUGUAAGUUGCACUUAAGUUUCACGAUAGUUACGGAGUAAAAGCUCAAAGAGUCACAAACCUCAUCAGUUUCGCUGCACAUUAUGGUGCUGUGAUCCAAGUACAAAGCAGCAAGGUAUUUAAAAAAAUAAUUACCAAAGUACAUCAUGUACGUUCGUAAUGACCACACUUGGCCACAUAUCUAUUGUCUGUGUAUUUUCUGAAAGUUUUAUUUCAGACUGCGAUUAUAAUUAUAUGCGAAGACAUAUGAAGAAGUUUAACAUUUAUCGACCAAGAGAACUUUACGUUUUAAUUACGAAAAUAUCAUGUAAAUCUUGACAAAUUUUGUACACGAUGUGCUGAAGUUCUACAACGGAUCUAUGAAUGGUUUAUUGUAGUCCUGUGGUGCUCGCAGUUUUAUUAGUUAUGAAAUUGAUUAAGUACGAAACUGCAAAUUCCUUUAGCUAUGUUUUAAGGACGUAUGAAAUAUCUUACUCGAUAAUGUUAAGAUUCUGUGUAUUAGUAGUUGAUUAGAAAUCUAGCAGCACAUUCCACAUAGUUAAAUAAAAGCAUGCUUUCGUUCAGCUGACGUUUGUGAUGCGAUUGAGGUUCUUUUACAUAUAUGUAUACCAUAUAUUAUGGGCGUAUAUAUAAAAACAACCUCGGCAUUCAGGAUUCAAUCGAGACUGGAUUAAGAAUUCAAAAAUAAAAAGAAACAGAUAUAGUAACGAAAUUCCCGUCAUUAUUUUCGUUUUAUUCUUUGGAACUUUGCUUCCUAGUGCCAAACAAUACAUUUGAAGAAUAAUUUAUUUUAAUAAAAUUCUUAAUCCUGUUUCAACGUUAUAACUAGUUGAAGUUCUAUGACUAAUAAACACGUUAAAAUAGUUGGUCACAAACCAGUUACGAUUAUCUCAACGCAAGAAAAAGGCAGAUACGGAGACUCCGUAAGAAGUUUAAAUAGAAAAAUAAAUGUAGUUAACGUUUUUAAUUAGUAGCUAUAUUCGCAAGAAUUCCAUGUUAUAUAUAUUUUUAAGGUGUGUAUGUGUUUUUGUAUUAAUAUAAAUUUGUUGAUCGAAGGAUAUGUCGACUCUUGUUCUGGAAUAAAAGUAAGAAGUCGGCAAAUUAAACUAGAUAUUUAUGAAACAUCUAAAAGUAAUCAAUCACUGCAUUAUUAUAUACUAUUGUAACGAUGAUUUUUAAAGGUUUGCUAUAAACCUAAAAUAUCUUAUUUUCUGGAAACAAGAGUUUAGUAUUAGGCUUUAGUAGUAUCAUAAGUUUUCAUUGCUUUUAUACGUACGAAAUAUUUUGUCAACGGAAAUAUAACAUAAUGGGAAUUAUUUUCGAUUUUUUGAAGUGAUGGAAUGAAGAAUAGGAAAUAUUCAAAGAUUUUUAGUCUGCGUUCUCAUGAACUCUGGAUUCUCUAAAUGUGUUCAACGAAAAACAUUUCUGGAACGGACAAACCUUACAUUUCUUGUAAAUGUUUGACGAAAGCUUAUUUUUGUCUAAACUUUUAACAUCAUGAAAAGUUGGAUGAAUUUUUUAUGCAAAAACACUACCACGCGCUAAAUGUACCGAAUUUUAAGUAAAUCAUGUCAAGUAGAUUAUAUCAGCUAAUAAAUGUAUUGUUCAUGGUG